AACACAAAAGACACCUAAAAAAUAAAGUAGAGCAAAUGAGCGAAAAGAGACCAAAACUAUGCAAAAUAAUCUGUCAAAUCAAACAAAAACAAAAAGAGACAGAACCAACACUAAAAUGUGUGACAGUAUGAAAAUCAACUUCGACAGAGUGAGUAAAAUAUUUCACUCCAAAAAAAACCCUAUUCAUGUUUGUCUGCUUUCACUUUAAUAUCGUCGGGUUGCUCUGGUACUUUUGUAAUAAGAAAGACGACAAAAAUAAUAAUAAAAUUUUUAUUAAAAAAUAAAUUAUUAUUAAAUUAUUUUAUAAAAUUUUAUUUUUUAUCAUUUUUUGACAUUAUUUAAAAAAGAUAAAUGAAUGAGAAAUAAAAAGAACAACUAAGAAAAAAAAAGAGAAUAGACGAUUGAAAAUAAAUUUAGGUGUAGUGUCAAACUCAAGAGAAAAAAAAAAGAAAAAACGAAAGAUUUCACUCCUAUAAUUUGUCGAUUAAACUUUAAUUAAAAAAACAAGUUCGAAGGCAAUUUCAAUUGAAUAUUGACUUACUAAUUAUUGCCAUUCUACUUUUUUAAUUAUCCAAGACAAAGGGUCUUCUAACCCGCAAAUUAAAAAAAAAAAAAAUAAUAAAGAAAGUUUUACUACGACGAACUUUUUUAAUAAGCUUAUUAUUUGCCUUGCCUUGUCUUGCUUAUUUUCGAAUUUGUGAAGUUAUAAAUCUCAUGCAGUGUAGUCGUAGUACUGGAGGAAAUUCUGGAACGGAUUAAGCGUAUCAUGGACAGCAGCAGUUCGGUGGCCCAUCAUCAUCGCAACAGACAGCAGCAGUCUCAUGAUCCGCCUCCACCAUCCUCGUACAUUUUGCUCGAUGGAAUUGUGGUUGGCAAUCAUAUUGGCAAUCGGGUAAUGGUCAGUAACAGUGGAUCAACAACACAUUCAGCCGGACAACCUCCACCGGGUUUAUCAGGAGGGGCUGGUGGGGGUGGAGGAUCACAGAACACAAAGAAAUCAUGGUCUGAAUUGACUGCAGUUGUUAAUGAUCAACGCAAGCAGGUUGCUAAUCUAUCGAGCAUGGUUCCGAUGGAUGUCAAUUUUAGGACACUGUCGGACGGGAGGAUUCGUAUAUAUUUUUUAAGUACGCCUCCGAAUGCAUGGGAGACUACUCUGUUAUCGACGGAUAUUCAUUUUAAUGAACCAAGUUCUCCUGCGAAAAGACUCAAUUGGAAUCUAGUGUUGGAACAAUCAAUAUCAUCUGUUGCCGGCAGCAAUGUAUGUUCCAGAGAAUUUCAAUUGUUGCAAGAAAGAAAGAGAUUAUCAACUUGGGGCAUCACAUCCUACGAAUUACACAAACCCAGUGGGAAAAUUGUGUUUCCGGUUUUGAGUGAUUUGUUCCAAUGUCUGGAUACAGGAUAUAAUCCUGCUCCAUUGUUUCCAACACAAUUGCGAACGUGUCCGGCUUGGGCCGCCCUUGAUCCACAAAUAUGUCCACAAAAUUCGGAUUUAAUAGCUUACAUAAGUGGUGGUGAUAUCUGGGUUACACACACCUUGAGUUGCCACGAAGAACGUUUAACCUUCGCUCAUGAUGGCCGGAGAUCAUUUGCAGAUGAUCCUCUAAGUGCUGGAGUGCCAUCGUAUGUAAUGCAAGAAGAGUUUAGUCGUUAUCAAGGUUAUUGGUGGCAACCAAAUUCUGAAGAUGGAAUCUAUCGAAUAGUUUAUGAAGAAGUCGAUGAAUCAGAUGUGGGUUUAUUCACAUUCCCAUCAUCUCAAGCUGUAGUUGGUGAAUUGGAAGAAUAUCGUUUUCCAAGAGCUGGCACACCCAAUGCAAAAUCAAAAUUAAAAAUGGUUCAAUUUGUUUUGAACGAAUCGCUGCAAAUAAGCGAAAUAUGUUUAAAAAAUCUACCAUACUCAAUGUCGGUGGUGUUGCCUUGGUUGGAGUAUAUUGUUAGAGUUGGAUGGACUCCAGAUUCCAAAUAUGUAUGGAUGCAAGCCAUGGAUCGAAAACAACAAAGAUUAGAUCUCGUAUUGAUACCUUUGGAUAAUUUUUGUGAAACAUAUAGCAGUACCGCCUCUUCGCCAUCCGGAUCAGCAGAUCAUAGUUGGAAAAGUUCAUAUAGUAGGUCGAUAAGUCCCCUUCAGAUACUCUACUCUCAACAAACCGACACCUGGAUAAAUGUGCAUGAUCUGUUGUAUUUUCUUGAAAUAACCGAUACCACAGUCACAUUUCUUUGGGCAUCGGAAGAGACUGGCUUCAGGCAUCUCUAUUUAAUUACCUCGAGUAUAAGUGGGACGACGGCAGUUAAUGGCUGCAAGGACAAUGCAAUGCAAAAUGAAAAUUUAGAAAGUCACAAUGCUUCAACAUUAAUUCCCAUUUUAAUUAAUAAAGUGGCUAUUACUUCUGGUGAUUGGGAAGUUCUUGGACGAAACCUGUGGGUGGAUAAAGCUCAACAGUUGGUUUAUUUUCUAGGAUUAAGAGAAACUCCACUAGAAAAACACUUGUAUGUAGUUAGUCUACAGAGACCCGAACAUAUUCGUUUACUCACCGAACCUGGUUAUUCCUAUCAAAUUGAAUUUGAUGAGGAAUGUAAACUAAUGAUGCAAGUUUAUUGUAAUAUUCAACGUCUUCCAUCAUGUAAAGUGGUCAAAGUGUCACAAACCUGCCAGAGUGGUGGUGUUAAUGGAAUUCAACUUAUACCAAUGGGCUAUUUGCAUGAGGGCGGCCAACCCGAAGCACAGUAUUGUCCACAAAUUUAUCGGCCAAAGCUUCCGUCUGGUGAUGUUGUGUAUGCUAUGGUCUUUAAGCCACACAAUUUUCAACUGGGUGUUAAGUAUCCUACAGUUUUGAAUGUUUACGGUGGCCCAGAGGUUCAAACUGUUAAUAAUACUUUUAAGGGAAUGAGACAACUUCGAAUGCAUAUGCUUGCAGCGCAAGGCUACUGUGUUAUCUGCAUCGAUUCAAGAGGUUCGAGACACCGUGGCAUUAAAUUUGAAAGUCAUAUACGCUGUCGUAUGGGAACAGUGGAAUUGAAAGAUCAAGUUUAUGGACUAAGAAUUUUGGCGGAACAACUAGGAUAUAUCGAUAUGAAUCGUGUUGCUAUUCAUGGCUGGUCAUAUGGCGGUUACCUAAGCUUAAUGGGUCUAGCUCAGUUUCCAGAGAUUUUUAAAGUUGCUAUUGCUGGUGCUCCAGUAACUAAUUGGGAAUUCUAUGAUACUGGUUAUACGGAACGUUAUAUGGAUCUUCCGCAAAAUAAUCAACACGGUUAUACCAUGGGAUCGGUGCUGAAUUAUGUCCAUUCAUUUCCUGAUGAAGACAACCGUUUGCUCAUCAUUCAUGGUUUAAUCGAUGAAAAUGUACACUUUUACCACACGUCUCAACUUAUAACCGCUCUCGUUAAAGCCAACAAACCCCAUCAAUUGCAAGUUUAUCCAAAUGAACGACAUUCAUUAAGAAACCUCGAGUCAAGUAAGCAUUACGAAACAAAAUUAUUAUCGUUUUUGCAAAAUAAUUUAUGAAGUUCAUAAGAAUCUUGCAGUUGUUUUUUUAUGAAUGAAUGAAAACAAAAAAAAAAUAAUUUUACAAAGCAAAAAAAAAAAAAUCGUGUUGCAAUAUUAAACAAUAGUCGUAUGUAAGAAAAUUAAAAGAAAAAAAAAAACCAUUUUAAAUUAUACCCAGAAAAAAGAUAUAACAAAUUACAAAAAAAUAUAGUGUGUUGUUUGUUUUUGUCAUUUUAAACGCAAAAAAAUUAUUAUUUAACGCGCUACUAUAAAAGAGAAGAAAUAAAAAAAAAUAAUGUUGUUACGCAAAAAAAAAAAAGUUUACAUAAAAAGAAUUCUCGGUUUUAGAUUUGUUUUUUUAUUUUUUAUAUAUAUUUACAUUUCCUUUUUGUUGUUAAAUUUUUCACCAUAAUACACAAUUUAUACAUAAUAUUUUCAUUUUUUUAACCUUUGUGUCCCUGUUGUAUAAACACAAUAAUAAACAAAAAAAAAAAAACAAAAAACCUCUGACUGAUAAAUGUCUAGAUGUUAGCGACUUAUAGAAAUCUUUAAAUUUAAUGUUAAACAAUUAAAAAUAAAGUAUUGCAAGGCAAGACCCGAUCAAUGUUCAAAACAACGAUUGAGUUCAGUCUACUUUUUUAAAAUGAGAUAGAUUAAUUUCUUUCUUUCUUUCUAUUUUUUUUUUUUAAUAACUUUGAGUUUUAAUUUGUUAUUGUUGUAUGUUUUUAUUAUUUUAUUUUUUUAUUCUUUAUGGUUUGUAUUUUAUAGCUUCGAUUUAUUCUCUUUCAUCAAUGCCAUUACAUGAAGAAAAAUAAACAAAAAAGAAUUUAUUAUUUUUAUGUACCUAUAAAGAAGUCAACCUAAUUAUGUUGAAUUUCAAGAAUCUUAGAAAAGGGACGAGGCAUUGAGUAGGUUUGGGAAUGUUAAAAAAUUAAAAGUUAUCAAAAAGUUGUCAAAAAAAUAUUUCCAAUUCAGACAAUUUUACUGAAAAAUUAGUCAAGAAAAAUCUCCCUAGCUUGUUUUACACAUCUUAUUAAAUUUUUCAUUCAGAACUUGAGAUUUAUAAUCCGGCAGUUAGAAAUAUUUUCAAUACGUUACAUAUUUAACGCAAAAUUUUUAAACAAAAAAUCUUUAACCUUAAAUUCAUUUAAAUUUUUCCAAUUUCCAAGUACUUAAAUUUCCUUCCUGGAAAAUUCUAGCUCCGUGGUUAGUUUUCUCUUGACACUACAGGGGUUACCAAUAAUACUGGUCGGCAAAAACAAAAAAAAAGUCGGGAGCAAGAACUUUGUUUGGUGAUUUUAAUUGACUUUUUAAUUCAAAAAAAAAAAAAAUAAUUUUGAAAAAGUAAAUACUUUAGGACGUUUUAAUAUGGCGUUUUGAGAUUGCAUAAGUAGUUUUGCAAAAAAAAUAUUUAACGGUGAUGUAAUUCGACAUCAAAUGUACUCAAAAACGCGUUUUUGACCUGUUUAUACUCAAGUAUUUCAAAAACGUGACGCGCCAGUAAAAUUUUGACUUCAGAUUCGGACUCAGCAAACAAAAAUCCUUUAGAAAAAAAGGUUUUGGUUCAAGUUCUAUUUUCGUUGCCGACCAGUGUAAUCUACAUAUUUCACCAUACCUUAAACCAAUUUAAUAGUCAGGUUUAAGGCUAACACUUCGUUAAAUUUUAUAGUUGGGAAACUCAACUUUAAAAUUUAAUUUAGUCGCAGUAAGGAGCAAAUUAAAAACUAAGCCUUCUUUUAUUAAAUUUCUUUUUACUUGUAAACACAAAAUACACACUUACCAAUAUUUUAUAUGUAGUCUUGUCUAACUAUAUUUUAUUUUAUAUUCAUGGGGUCCAAAGACAAUAACCCGAUCGAAAACCACUCAUAUCAUGUUGUUUUGCUAUUUAUAUUUGUAAGAAAGAGAAUAUCAACAAUUCAUCGAUCGCUGUACUCCUCAUGCGGCUUUUCUUAAGUCGACUAGGGCUGCGUUUUAAGUCACUUUGUAUCGUGCGUAAAACUUUGCGAUCCAGUCACUCUUAAAAAGACGUCCUUGAAAAACUCCGCACAACAAAUUCAAAUGUGUGUUUUCUGACUGGGUUAGUGUUUAUGGACAAACCUGCAGAGAUAAUACAAACUUUUAUUAAUUUUCUUUCUUUUAAUUAAUCAAAUUCUCAAAAUUUAAGAAAAAUGAAGUAAUUUCAGAAGAAGACAGAUUUUCUUCCAACCCAAUCGUUUGAAACAUUGCUGAGUUUCUUUUCAAAGUUUUCUUAAAAGUUUUUUAUUUAAAUUGUUAAAAUAAAUAAUUAAAAAAAAAAUAGCUUUUAAAUAAGAGAAAGUAAGAAAAAAUAUAUAGAAAUAAAUAAUAAUAAAAAAAAACUAUUUUUUAUACACUCUUA